AUGGUCAGCGCCAAGUACCUCCUCCUCGCACCUACCAGCUGCCUCACCUUUACCGCCAACGGCAGCGUCUGGUGGUAUACUUGCGGUGUUUUUAGCAACUGCAAGUGUCCCCACACUGGCUCUUACGAGGGUUUCAGUGGUACCAGCCCCUGCAUCAGGGUCGACAGCUCCAUUAGCUCAAUCAGCCUCACCCACCAAGUCGAUCACUUGCAGCAUCUUCUCUGA